AUGAACCGCUCCGCUAGUUAUUCGUACCACCAAUCUCCUAGCUCGAGAAGCUCGUCGAGUCAUGGCACGAGUAGUGCUUUCAGUCCCAAUGCCAACCCUAACGAGGAUUGGACCAAGAUCUCGGAUCUUGCUGAACGACGCCGCAUCCAGAAUCGCAUUGCUCAGCGGAACUACCGCAAGAAGCUAAAGCGGCGCUUGGAGGAUUUGGAGAAGCGGGCUGCCACAGCUUCGGUGUCUCCGGAACGGACCCUCGAGAAACCAGAGCCACCAAAGACGGUGCACUCUACCAAACCUCGCGCAAAGACGCAGCGCACCACCAAGUCGACGGCCGGGGAUGCCCAUAACCGCCACACCACGGAACGAGCUGCUCCCUAUGACAGCUACUCAAGCCAGGAGGAGCGGGGGACCCUGUUCUCCCACCAGUGCACACGCCAGCUUUCCGCAUCGCCGCCACCGGUCUUCUCUUACCCCUCGUAUUCACACCUGGAUCCCUACGGACAGUCGGGAUACGGGCAACCGCACCCAUACCAUUCCAUCCCAAACUCCUACCAUGAUAUGUCCAUCCACGGAGAAUACGGAACACCGGUGCCUUCAAUCAUUCCGGUUACGAUGGCCAAUUCUGGGCCGACCAAGAGACACCCCGCCUACGCCGACGAAGAUAUCAUCAGCCCAUUCAGCAUGAGCUACGCGUCUAUGGCCGGGAUUGACUUGUGCCCACCUCCUCAUCACCACCACCUUGCAGAGCCCAAUAUCCCGGUACAUACCCUUCCCCGUUCGUUGAACCGGACUGUUCGGAGCCUCCAAACCAGCAAGCGCUAA